CCAUAACAUAUUUGAUCUAAUCUUUUUAUCUCCUUUUUAAUUCUUUUCUCCAAUUUAGAUGAUUCUAUUUCUUGAUCGCUCUUUCCUUAGGAAUCCGACCACAAAGAGUUUUCAUCAAUGCUUUAUAAAGCUUUGGAAGGUGCAAUGAUGUUGGAAACAUUCCCCAAGACGACCGUGGAUGUUUUUGCAUUGGUGUUGGAAUCUGGGGGCAUUAAUGAUCUUCCUGUUGUCAAAUCAUGUGCUAGUCUAGCCCUUGCAGAUGCAGGGAUAAUGAUAUAUGACCUUGUUGCUGUAGUUUUUGUGGCAAGUUUCUUUGUGUAUGUUUUACACUCGAGGAUUAAGCAUUAUGAUCAUUGUGCACAUGGAAGCUUAAUGCUUUCAUGUAUGCCUUCUUGUUAUGAGAUCACUCAACUAACUUUUACAGGAGAACCGUCAACCGCAUAUAUUAAUGAGGCAAUGCAGCUUUGCCUUGAUGCUUGCAAUAAGCUUGGUAGAGUAAUGAGGUCAUGCUUGAAGGAAGCUGCAUCUGCUUCACAAUAGUGGAAAGAAGAUGCACAUCUUAAUCUUGUUUUCCCAAUACAAUCUUUCUUUUUCCUUUUUGACCUUUUCUUCAGUAACUUAUGCAGACUUUCAGAGAAUUUUGUUAAUGAGUUGAGUUAUUUCCCCUCAUUUUUCAAUG